GCAAAUUGGAUGAAACAUCUAGUAGCUAAGAGUAGAAAGAGCAGAAGAAGAGUAAGUAAUUAGUGAUGGCAAUUAGUGCGGUGAUGAGUUCAUUUAGUCUCAAGCCCUCUCCCUUCACAGUGGAAAAGAGAGCAGUGCGUGGCCUGCCAUCAAUAGGAAGGUCUUCUUCAUCCUCCCGGUUCAGAGUUGAGGCCAGUGGUGGCAAGAAGAUCAAGACCGACAAGCCUUAUGGAAUUAAUGGAGGCAUGAACUUGGAAGAUGGUGUUGAUGCCUCAGGCCGGAGGGCAAAGGGAAAGGGUGUUUACCAAUUCGUGAACAAAUAUGGAGCUAAUGUUGAUGGAUACAGUCCUAUCUAUAACCCAGAUGAAUGGUCCCCGAGUGGCGAUGUCUAUGUUGGCGGUACCACUGGCUUAGCCGUUUGGGCUGUCACGUUGGCUGGCAUUCUUGCAGGAGGUGCACUACUUGUAUACAACACAAGUGCUUUGGCACAGUAGAUCAUUAUGCCUACAUAAAUUAAGUUGUAUCCAAGCUAGUCAAUUAAGUACUUUGUAAAGUAAAGCAAUGACGAAUGCACGAAUUUGGCUAAGAACGUUCAAGAUUUAAUUUAUAUGUAUAAAAAAUAUAGUAUUUAACUUGAUCUUAUAUUACUAUAGUUUCUGCC